GCAUAGGGAAUGACGUCAUCAAGAUGUCCAUGGAGGCUGAGUCGCCAGGGCUGAUCGAGGCGCUGGAGGCGAGCAAGCACGACGUGCGCAUGACGCAGGACGAGCUCGAGAAGUCGGAGCAGCAUCCCGAGCCCGCGUGCAGCAACGGCGACAGCUCGAGGCCCGCGAACAGGCGGUCCGUGCACAUGCGGGAGAGCAUGGAGAAGGCGUGGAUGGACGGGAUCUCAUCUGAUGACUUCGACCACGUGCUGGCCCACGGGAUGACGAAGGGUCAGGCAGAGCAGCUCACUGACAAGACUGCGGCCGUGGUCAAGCGAGCUCGAUCCACGAGCGAUCUCGACGAGGACGCGGACUCGGACUACGUGGCCGAGAGCGAGGACGAGGAAGAUGGCGAGUGCUCCGACACGGGCACCGAUGAGUACGGGGACACCCUCCAGGACUUCAUCGACCUGAGUUUCACCGAGACCGCGGCCGAGCCCGAGAAGUCCGACGACGGGUCCGACGACGAGCCCGACGGCGCCUCCGAGGACUCCGACGACAAGCCGCUGGCGUCCGUGGCAGGGACGCCUAGGCCUCUGCCGAAGUCGGCGCCUGUGACUCCUGCGCAGGCGAAGUCGGCACCAGCGACGCCCGUGACUUCGUCGGCUGGCACGCCGACGUCGGCUGCCUCCGCCGAGCCAGCGGCGGCGGGGCCCGCACCAGCGCCGCCGACGGCGGCAGCUCCAGCGCUGCCUCCGCCGCGCAGGCCGGCCAGGCCAACGCUGGGGGCGACGCUCAGGGACGUCGUGGGCAAGCACGCUGACAUUGCAGGCGCGGGCGGCGGCGAUGUGACGCCGACGACUGGCGGCCUGAGCCACGUGGAUGUCACCCCGCAGAAGGACCCGAAGUUCGAGUUGGCGACUCGGGCCCAGGACCUGCUCAUGAAGAAGGCCGCGGCCAUGCCAGCUGGGCAUGCUCAGGAGACUGGCCGCGCAUCGUUCGCCAGCGUGCACGCUGGCGGCGCGCAUGGCCCGCCCGCCAAGGCGGCCAAGGUGGGCUCGAAGGGCAGGGUCAUCGGCGAGAGGAACGCGAAGGGCGACGAGGAGCUGAUCAAGGCGGUCGAGGAGAACGGCGGCUUCUUCUCAGCGGCUUCGGCGGCGCUCCAGGCGCGGUGGGGGAGGGACCUCAAGAAGAACAAGAAGCUGAAGGACGACUACAAUGCGUGUGAUGACCCUGAGGCGUUCAAGGCCGACUGGGCGAAGGGGCAGAUAGGGGGAGGGCGGCCGACCGCGCCCGUGGACUUCGGCCCCUUUCAGAAGAAGUACCCAGCCGUCGCCUCCAAGAAGCGCGAGUUCACGCGCGCGAGCAAGGAGGACUACACCAAGGGCGGGCGCCUGGUUUCGUUCCUGAAGAUGUGCGAGCUGGAGGGCGGCCCCACGGGCCACAUGGACAAGUACACCGUCGAGUGCUGCCUCAUCCACGCGCAGCGGUGCCUGUCCCUCGGGUACCCGUUUGCCCAGCAAGAUUGGUCUCACAAGGGCAUCAAGUUCAUGCAUUUCGAGAUCGGGUACCAGGAGUCGUUCACGAAGCUGUGGUCAGAGCACACGUCGCAGGACAUCGGCCAGGCUCCCAGUGGCCAGCCCCUCGCCGCUGGGCUCGACAACCCGAGCAGCAGCAGGCUCGGCGAGCUCGCCGAGGCCAGUGGCGGAGACGACGACGGCCAGUCUGCAGGCGCAGCGGAUGAUGAUGAAGAUGAUGUGCAGGCGGCAGUCGGGGGCGGCGCUGCUGGCAAUGGCGAGAAUGACGCUGGCGAGGGGGCGGCCAUCGGCGCGAAGCCACAGGGUGAACCUGCUGUGCUGGGAGGCCCCAGGCCGAAGAAGCACGGCGACGGCCAGGGCGGCGAUGGCGGGGGGGCUGAGGAGCGAGCUGAGAAGGCGGCAAGGAGGGCGAGGAGCGCAGCUGUCAUGAAAGCACUCGCCGACUCCAAGAAGAUCGUCGACUUCGCCAAGAUUGCCGCCUCGAACUGCGACAACUUGAUCGAGGAGAUCAACGCCGACGAGAAGAAAUGGAAGUGGGCCAACACGAAGCCUGUCCGCGGGAAGCUGGCGAAGAUGAACGAUCAUGUCAGCGAGAGCGUCAGGCAGCUGACGAUGGGCAACCUCCUCAGGAUGGGCACCGAGUCCGCCGAGAUCAAGAAGACCAUGUUGCACGAUGACAUAUUGAAGGAGGCCGCCGUCCUGACGGAGAUCAAGGCCAUGAUCGAGCAGCUGGACCAGGAGACCCGCAGGAUCCACAGGGCUGGCGGCGCCCUGAACGACGAGGAGAAAGCGAAGGAGGAGAAGGGGGAUCGGCCGAAGACCAAGAAGCGCAAGAAGGUCAAGGCCGCUUGA